AUGCAGGAGCAGGUGACCCCCAGCCCCACCCCGAUGGAACCCACCACCACCACCGACUUCUACCCCUGGGAGGACGGGUACGCGUGGGAGAACGGCAUGCUGCCUGAGCUCUGCGAGAAGCAGGCGGUGCAGGGCUUUGCCCGCAGCUACCAGCCCGCUGUCUACCUGCUGCUCUCGCUGCUGGGCACGGUGGGGAACGGGCUGGUGCUGCUCACGCACACCCGCUACCGCCGGGCACGCAGCAUCACCGACGUCUGCCUCCUGCACCUCGCCCUGUCCGACCUCCUGCUGCUCCUGACGCUGCCCUUCGCCGUCACUGACACGCUGCAGGGCUGGUCCCCGGGCACAGCUGCCUGCAAGGCGCUGCAGGGCCUCUACGCCCUCAACUUCUACAGCGGCUUCCUCUUCCUCACCUGCAUCAGCGUGGACCGCUACGUGGCCAUCGUGCGGGUGCCGGCUGCCUGCCGCCUGCGCCCGCGGGCUCGCCGCCGGGGCUGGCUGACGGCGGGGCUGGCCUGGCUGCUGGCCAUGCUGCUGGCACUGCCCCAGUUCAUCUACGGCCAAGCGGAGCAGCACCAGGACCUCCAGCUCUGCCGCGUCGUCUUCCCCCGGGAGGUCUCGCGGGUUGCCCGGGGGGCCACCAACCUGGUGCAGGUCGUGCUGGGCUUCGCGGUGCCCUUCCUGGUGAUGGCAAGCUGUUACGCGGCCGUGGCCCGGACGCUGCUGGCGGCCCGUGGUGCCCAGCCCCACCGGGCGCUGCGGGUGCUGGUGGCCCUCGUGCUGGUGUUCGUGGCCCUGCAGCUGCCCCACAGCCUGAUGGUGCUGCUGGACGCGGCCGAGCUGCUGGCCAGCUGGGAGAUGAGCUGUGCUCAGAGCCGCCGCAAGGACCUGGCGCUGCUGGUCACCGGCGGGCUGGCGUACCUGCGCUGCUGCCUCAACCCCCUGCUCUACGCCUUCCUGGGCCAGCGCUUCCGCCGGGAGCUGUGGCUGCUGGCCAGUGACGCCGGCUGCGUGGGGCCCCUUGAGCCGCGCUGCCCCAGUUGCCCCAGUCCCCGCCGGCGGACAUCGCUCUCCACCUGCCAGGACGUGGUGUAGGGACACGGUGCCCAUGGCU